UUUUCCUGUGCCUGUCUAUUCUAUGUAUGUAUUAAAAUUGUCGCUGCAGUCGCUAUUGCCUGCCACGUAAUGUUGUGUGUCGUUUGUGAAUUUCUUUUAACAGAUAUAUAAUUAUUCUCUGAUUUUUUUUUUAUCACAAUUUCACGCAGUGCAAUGAGUGAAUUUUCCAAUAUUGAAAUAUAACCCCAAAUUUUGGAAAAACGGAUACAAAAAGUUUCAGUUAUCUGUCAAGACGAGGCUGUAAAAUGUCACAAUUGAGCAAUAAUUCUUAUCCAAAGAAUUCUGAAUCGGAUUCUGUUUUAAAAAGUGGACCAUCACCUGUCAAUGGCAUACAAAAUAAUGUUCAAUAUUCGCAGAAUGGCAUUCAAUCUCCUCAUUUAGCGGGCACACCGUCGUCACAAUCGUCACGUGAGACGUCGAGGGAUCCAUCGCCAACGCAAUAUUUACGGGGCGCGGGUCAUCAAUCGCAAUAUCGACCCGAAUGGAAACCGCAAAUGCCACCAAUAAACGGACGUGAAAUUCAAAAUUUCCCUCAACAAAAACCAAAUGAAAUUCAUGAGUCGUCAACAACAUCAUCAACAACAACAACAACAACGAUGACGACGACGACAACAGCGACGACAGCAAAAUUUCCCCCACAACAAAAUUUAUCCUCAACGUUGUCAUCGUCGUCGUCGUCGUCAUUAUCAGCGGGAACAAUUUUUAAAUCUCCAUCAACAUCGUCAUCACCAAAUACAACGAAUUUCACGGAAAAUAAACAAAAAAUCGAACCACCAUCGUCGCUAUUCAAUGAUCUCAGGCUCAAUGAAAAUCCAUUGAAUAAAUCGUCAAAUUCAGUUAUGGAUCAAGUUCAGAGCGCAAUUCGAAAUCAGUCGCCGCAAAAUCCAAUUCUAACUCAGUUGGUGCAAAAUUCGAUUGUUUCGAGUCAGGGGCAAAAUAAUCCAUUGGCUGCGAAUUUAAUUCGGCCUCAGUUGGUGCAAAAUUCGAUUGUUUCGAGUCCAAUUGCGAAUCAAGGGCAAAAUCCAAUUGUUUCCAAUCAGGGACAAAAUCCAAUUAAUGCGAAUCCAAUUCGAUCUCAAUUGGUACAAAAUUCAAUUGUUUCGAGUCAAGGACAAAAUCCAUUGGCUACGAAUCAAGUCACGCAAAAUCCAAUUGUUGCGAAUCAAGUGCAAAAUCCAAUUGUUUCGAGUCAGGGACAAAAUCCAUUCGCUGCGAAUCAAGGACAAAUUCCAAUUGUUCAGAAUCAAGGACAAAAUCCAAUUGUUGCAAAUCAAGGACAAAAUUUAAUUCGAAAUCAAGUCACGCAAAAUCCAAUUGUUGCGAGUCAAGGUCAAAAUCCAAUUCGAAAUCAGGUCACGCAAAAUCCAAUUGUCUCGAAUCAAGGACAAAAUCCAUUUGCUGCGAAUCAAGGACAAAUUCCAAUUGUUGCGAAUCAAGGACAAAAUCCAAUUGUUCCGAGUCAAGGGCAAAAUCCAAUUGCCACGAAUCAAGGACAAAAUCAAAUGAAUUCACAAAAUUGGAAUCAAACGCCACACACAUUAAAUACAAUAAAUUAUCAUCAAAAUUUACCGCCGCAAAAAUCUCCAAAUCAAACGCAAAAUAUUCCACUCACGAAUUUACAACAAUCAACAUUACCAAAAAUAUUUAAUAGUCCAAAUUUAACGAAUCCAAAUCCAAAUUAUAAAUUAAUGAAUAAUGAUAAUAAUCAACGGAGUUUAUCGACGAAUAUUACAGCAAAUGUACCAACGGCAACAAAUCAACUAAAUCAACAACAACAAUUUCAAGGGAAGAAUUUGACUGGAUUUAAUCAGUACGAUCAGAGGAAUAAUGAAAAAACGGGGACAAAUUUUGGGGGGAAUCAAAGUGGAGAAAAUAGGCAACAGGGGGGAAAUUAUCAGCAGCAGCAGCAACAAAUGAUUUCGGGAAGAUAUCCGAGUGGAGUUGGUAGUCAGUAUGGAAUAUUACCGCCUGGGCAGAAUGUACAGAGAAUGCCGGGGAAUUUGCAGAAUAUUCCAAUGGGGCAGAAUUUUUAUGGUGGGAGUGGGAAUGUACAGCAGCAGCAGCAACAACAGCAGAAUUUGAGUUCGAUGCCAACGGGGAAUUUCUAUCCGGGGCAGACGAAUUUAAGUACUAGUCAAAUUAAUAGUAAUCUGCCGACGAAUUAUUCGGGGGCGAAUCAAUUGACUAAUGCGAGUUUAUCGGGACCGAUGUUGACUGGACAGAAUGCGGGGGUUGGUGGUUUACAGGGGACGAGGAUGCCGUUUCAGGGAAUGCCAGCGACGCAGCAGCCAAAUCUCCAAGAUACGAGACCACAAUAUCCAAGGCCAAUGUCGAAUGUCCCUCUAGAUAAUAUGGCGAAAAGAUAUCCGACCGCUUAUCCAGAUCAACUCAAUCAACACAAUAGUCAAAUUAGUGGAUAUGGCGUCACUCAAGCCGGCUUUAAUAAACUAUGGGGAAAUGAAACAGUUGAUCUUCUUCAAUGUAGAAAUAUUUUACCAACGGAUAAAGUCGAACCGCCUAAAAUAAAGUUACAUCAAGAAUUUUUAGAUCAAAUUAACUGCAGUCCAGAUAUUUUCCGAUGUACGCUGACAAAAAUUCCGGAAUCAAAUUCCCUUUUACAAAAAUCAAGAUUGCCAUUGGGUGUUUUGAUUCAUCCCUUCAAAGAUUUAUACCAUUUAGCAGUGAUACAAUGCAGUACAAUUGUUCGUUGUCGAGCGUGUCGAACUUAUAUCAAUCCUUUUGUCUAUUUUGUCGAUUCGAAGAGAUGGAAAUGUAAUUUAUGUUACCGCGUUAAUGAACUUCCAGACGAAUUUCAAUUUGAUCCAGCGACAAAAUCUUACGGUGAUCCAUCUCGUAGACCGGAAGUGAAAACAAGCACAAUUGAAUUUAUCGCACCCAGUGAAUAUAUGCUCCGUCCACCGCAACCGGCGGUUUAUCUGUUCGUCUUGGAUGUCUCGAGACUCGCUGUCGAAAGUGGUUAUUUAAGUGUUGUUUGCAAAACAAUUGAGGAAGAAAUUUCGAAAAUGCCUGGCGAUGGGAGAAUGCAAAUUGGAUUUAUUGCAAUUGAUUCGGCAAUUCAUUUCUUCAGCUUAGCGGACGGCGUUUCGCAGCCCCAUGAAAUGAUAAUGCUCGAUGUCGAAGAUGUAUUUUUACCCUGUCCGGAGAAUUUGAUAGUUAAUUUGAAAGAAAGAGGUGCUCUGGUCGAUAUGCUUUUAAAGCAACUGCCCUCGAAAUUUGAGGGAACACACGACACACAAUGUGCUCUAGGCGCUGCACUACAAGCCGCUUAUAAACUCAUGGCACCGACUGGAGGUCGAGUUACCGUUUUUCAAACUUGCCUUCCAAAUAUCGGUCCAGGCGCUCUUCAACCGCGAGAAGAUCCGAGCACUCGCACCAAUAAGGACGUUCCAAAUUUAAAUCCCGUCACCGAUUUUUACAAACGUCUUGCUCUCGAUUGCAGCAGUCAACAAAUUGCUAUUGAUCUGUUUCUUCUGAAUUCGCAGUACAGUGAUUUAGCGACACUUUCCGGUAUGUGUAAAUUUUCUGGCGGUUGUAUAUAUCACAUUCCAUUGUUCCGAAUAUCGAAAUCGUCGAGUGCCGAGACGCUCGAUCGCACAUUACGUCGUUAUUUGACGAGGAAAAUUGGAUUCGAAGCCGUGAUGAGAAUUCGUUGCUCACGUGGAUUAAGUAUUCAUUCGUUUCAUGGUAAUUUCUUCGUUAGAUCCACUGACUUAUUGAGUCUGCCAAAUGUCAAUCCGGACGCUGGAUUUGGAAUGCAAGUUUCAAUCGAUGAAACUUUAUCCGACGUGCAGAAUAUUUCUUUCCAAGCCGCCUUACUCUACACAUCAAGCAAAGGAGAGAGGAGAAUAAGAGUUCACACGCUCUGUUUGCCAGUGACGAAUAGCCUGCAGGAUAUUUUGCAUUCGGCCGACUCGCAAUGUAUAAUAGGUCUCUUAUCGAAAAUGGCCGUCGACAGAUCGUUGCAGUCGUCGUUGUCGGACGCGAGAGACGCGCUAAUUAAUGCUGCCGUUGAUAUGCUCUCAUCAUACAAAGUAUCGCAAUCGUCGACCAUUGCAGGUCUUCUUGCACCUGAAAAUCUCAAAUUAUUACCUCUUUAUAUUAUUGCCUUACUAAAAUGCGUGGCGUUCAGAUCGGGAAUGAAUACGCGUGUCGACGAUAGAAUUUUCGCCAUGUGCCAAUUAAAAACACUACCUCUCUCGCAAUUAAUUCAAACGAUAUAUCCCGAUCUUUAUGCAGUGCAUUCGUUAAACGAUAAGCAACACGUGAAGGAUAUUGAGGGUCGUAUUUGUCCACAGCCGGAAAGAAUGCAUUUGUCCGCGGAGAAACUCGAUUCACGAGGUGUUUUCCUAUUGGAUACGGGCGAUAAAAUUCUCAUCUACGUUGGCAAAAAUUGCAGUCCAACAAUUUAUUCCAAUUACUUUGGAGUUCCUGAUUUUACUUCAUUACCCGAAGAAAUGUAUGAAUUGCCUGAAUUCUCGAAUCCGGACUCCGAAAAACUCUGCAAUUUCGUAUUUAGUCUACAAGAAGAAAAACCAUAUUAUGUGUCUCUUCAAAUAAUCAGGGAAGACAGUCACUUUAGGACACAAUUCACUGAAAGAUUAGUUGAAGAUCGUUUCGAAUCGGCUCUGAGUUAUUACGAAUUUUUGCAGCAUUUAAAGCCGCAAAUAAAGUGAAGACUGUAAAUUUUAAAAAACAAAAACAAAAAAAGAAAAUAAUAAUAGUAAUAACAAAGAGACAAUUAUGUGAAAACGAAAAA